CACGUUUAGUUAAGUCACGUUGGGUCUUAGCACUUAUCAACAGGCAACUUUCUUAAUACAGCCUUUUAUUAAAAAUAAAAAAAACUAAGGUUAAAGUGGAUUCAACAGCAACACGUUGACGCCGUUGCUGGCUAGUUAGCUGCUAGCUAACGUUAGCCUCAUCGGAUCCAGGUUUCUGCAACAACGAACUGACACGCGACGCUUGUAGCCAAAUAGAAUGCGGCGCGCAGACAUAAAGGACGAACCGGCGACUUAUGAGCGACUUGUGUACAAAAACACAUCCGUUUACCACUAUAUGAGGAUCUCCCUAGUGUUAGAGAAUGAAAACACCAGACUCAGUGCAGCCCAACUGAAGCAGCUCAUCGUCUCUGGCCUCAGGGACCUGUAUGGAGAGGUUGGAAGUGCGUUCCCUUUUGAUCUGUUGAAGUUUGAUGCGAGAGCACUAACAGGCGUGCUGCGUGUGUACAACAGUGGGCUGGUGAAGUUGUGGAGUGCCCUGACACUGUUGGGAUCCUAUCAGAAUGAACGGUGCUCUUUCAGAGUUACUCAGGUGUCACCUUUCCUGUUAACUCUGUCUGGGAAUAGUCGUGAGCUGGAGCUGGAGUUGGACUGAGCAAAGCUGUUGGUUCUUGAAUCAACACAGUAACCCAUAACACUGUAAAGACAAAACAAUACUUAGAAUGAACUUCAUUUUCAGAAAUGUCUUUAGUAAACCACAUUUGUGCUCUAAUUUCAACUAUGCAGCUCUUAACUGCAUUCAAAGGUACAGGGGACCCCUGCCGUCGGUUACAUUACCCCAGCCACGUCACCUCCAUGUCGGGGAGCGGGCCUCUCUC